CGGCGGCGGGGCACGGCCGGUCGUCCCCCCCGCCAUGCCCCCGGCGGGGGAGGAGUCUCCGAAGUCUGCCAAGAGCACCCCGAAGCCUGGCGGUGGCGGCGGCGGCAGCAGCGGGAAGGAUGGCGGGGCGGAGAAUUCGGAAGAGGCGCCGCAGCCUCAGCAGCAGCCGCAGCAGCAGCAGCAACAGCAGCAGCAGCAGCAGCAGCCGACUUCAAAUAAGCGACCCAGUAACAGCGCUCCCCCCCCAACCCAGCUGAAUAAGAUUAAGUACUCAGGGGGACCCCAGAUUGUGAAGAAGGAGCGCCGGCACAGCUCUUCUCGCUUCAAUCUGAGCAAAAACCGGGAACUGCAAAAGCUCCCAGCCCUUAAAGAUGCUCCUCCCCACGAACGAGAAGAGCUUUUCAUCCAGAAGCUGCGGCAGUGCUGCGUGCUUUUUGACUUCAUCUCGGACCCCCUCAGUGACCUGAAGUUCAAGGAGGUGAAACGAGCGGGUCUCAACGAGAUGUUGGAAUACAUCACGCACAACCGUGAUGUUGUCACUGAGGCCAUCUAUCCUGAAGCUGUUAUCAUGUUUUCAGUGAACCUCUUCCGGACGCUCCCACCGUCAUCCAAUCCCACAGGCGCGGAGUUUGACCCUGAGGAAGAUGAGCCUACAUUAGAGGCUGCCUGGCCGCACCUUCAGCUGGUGUAUGAGUUCUUCCUCCGGUUCCUGGAAUCGCCUGACUUUCAACCAAACGUAGCCAAGAAAUACAUUGACCAGAAGUUUGUACUAUCUCUGCUGGAUCUCUUUGACAGUGAAGACCCCAGAGAACGAGACUUCCUAAAGACUAUUCUCCACAGGAUCUAUGGGAAGUUCCUGGGCCUGCGAGCGUAUGUGAGGCGGCAGAUCAACAAUAUAUUUUACAGGUUCAUCUAUGAAACGGAGCACCACAAUGGGAUUGCAGAGCUGCUGGAGAUCCUGGGAAGCAUCAUCAACGGGUUUGCUUUGCCUCUGAAGGAAGAGCACAAGAUGUUCCUCAUCAGAGUCUUGUUACCACUGCACAAGGUGAAGUCUCUCAGUGUCUAUCACCCACAGUUGGCGUACUGUGUUGUACAGUUCUUGGAGAAAGACAGCAGCUUGACAGAGCCAGUGAUUGUAGGCUUGCUGAAGUUCUGGCCGAAAACUCACAGUCCCAAGGAGGUGAUGUUUUUAAAUGAGCUGGAGGAGAUCCUGGACGUGAUUGAGCCGUCUGAGUUUGUGAAAGUUAUGGAGCCCUUGUUCAGGCAGUUGGCCAAGUGUGUCUCCAGCCCACACUUCCAGGUGGCAGAACGAGCGCUGUACUAUUGGAACAACGAAUAUAUCAUGAGCCUGAUCAGCGACAACGCGGCCAAAAUUCUCCCGAUCAUGUUUCCAGCCCUCUACAAGAACUCCAAGAGCCACUGGAACAAGACAAUCCACGGGCUGAUCUACAAUGCACUGAAGCUGUUCAUGGAGAUGAACCAAAAGCUUUUUGAUGACUGCACGCAGCAAUACAAGGCAGAGAAGCAGAAGGGAAGGUUCAGGAUGAAGGAACGAGAAGAAAUGUGGCAGAAAAUAGAGGAGCUGGCCCGGCUGAACCCCCAGUACCCCAUGUAUUACGCACCUUCUUCAUUGCCUUCUGUCUGCUGUAUGGAAACGGAGACCCCGACCGCGGAGGAUAUACAGCUACUGAAGAAAACGGUGGAGACAGAGGCUGUGCAGAUGCUGAAGGACAUUAAGAAGGAGAAAGUUUUGCUGCGCCGGAAAUCUGAGCUUCCUCAGGACGUCUACACUAUAAAAGCCCUGGAGGCCCACAAGAGAGCAGAAGAGUUUCUCACCUCAAGCCAGGAGGCUCUCUGACGGGCUCAGGAGCUGGCCCGGGAAGCUCUGCCCCAUCCCUUUCCCCCAGGGGUCACGGAAAUGCACUCGGUUCUCAUGUAUAAAUAAGGAAUGAACAUGGU